GUACCAUCUGAAGCCACGAAUGUCAGGUGAUGAAAACGAUGACAGCAAUAACACCUGCGCUGAUGAUGCAGCAACUGAGAAUCGUGACCCAUGGAUUCAUUGCCAGCAGCUUGGCGAACUUCGCCUUCGACUUUUCUAUACUGCGGAACACGUGUUGCCCUUGGAGUUCUAUAAACCACUGCAAUUGAAUCUCAUUAAUUCUUUGAAUCUGCGACCAUUUUGCGCUUCGCCGGUUGGAAUUCUUGAAUACUUGCCAUCAGUGGAUACAGCAAGGAUAGCGCGACCGCUAAUGAAGAUUUUUGUACAGGCGGAGUUAAUACGCCCACUGCUCAGAGUUCUGUGCUCCAGUGACAUCCUUAAAUGCCAAGACGUGAAUACAUUAUUUCGGAGUCAGUCGUUGGCAACAAAAGUGAUCCACGAGCAGAUGAAAUUUUAUGGACAUCAUUAUCUUGUGAUCUCGAUUAAGCCUGUUAUUGAUAUGAUUUAUAAUGAACGUAAGUGUUGCGAAGUCGAUCCGAUGAAAUUAAGACAAGGCGAUAGCCUGGAAUCGAACAAGGUGAAUAUCUUGCUCAAACUGUAUAAAUGUUAGAC